CGCGGGGCGCGUGAAGGCAGCACCGAGCCAGGUACGCGCUCCUCGCCACCGAGGCGCGUCAGACUCGAGUGAGCCGCCGCUCGGCUGCCGUCGGCGCCCUCACCUCACCUGGCCGCGCCGUGGACAUCCCGCCCGAUUGAUUUCGUCCCUCCCAACUCUUUUGUAGGCGCUCACACGGGUCGCCACGGCGCCCCUCACACACUUCUCUGCAUGGGAGACGUCACGGCAGCGACCAUGAGCAGUUUGCGGACGUGCAAGGAGCCAUUCGCAGCAGCAGCAGCAGCAGCAGCAGCGGACAGAACCGGCUCUGAGCCCGUGGAGGACACGGACACCACCAGCUUCGUGGCCGAAUUCUCCUUGGAGGCCAAUUAUCCCGUGCAAGUGACAGAUCCUCACGCAGACGCUGUGACGCUGCACCUGAGCUCCAUGCCCUCCGGAUGCCUGAGCGCCUCCUCAGACAGAAUAAGACAGCCAGUUGAAGAUGUCGACGAGUGCACCUGCCCAACAUCUACUUCACCAGACUUCCCCAAAGAGCUGCAGCUGCUGAGCAGCCCGUGCGAGACGUGCUGCCGCCCCGCGCCCCCGCCCAAGAUCAGCGACCUCAUGAACGACAAGGACCUCCUGGACUCGCUGCGGCUCAAGCUGGACCCCAGCCACUGCACCGUCAAGAACUGGAAGAACUUUGCGAGCCGCUGGGGGAUGAGCUACGACGAACUGACCCUGCUGGAGCACCGGACGCAGGGCUCCCUGUCCCACAGCCCCACCCAGGAGUUCCUGCUGCGCUACAACCAGAAGACGGUCACCGAGCUCACCGAACUGUGCCGCAUCUACCAGCGCAUCGACGUCCUGCGGCUGCUGCAGAGCUGGAUAGAGAAGGACUGGCCGUCGCGGUGGCAACAGACUAAUUAACCAGUUUGACCAUGUAUAUUUAUACCGUCUCUGUUUUUUCUUUGUUUUUCCUCCUGUCAGGCUUCUACGGAGGAAGUGCUUCUUCUUCGUGAGCUUUCGAUUCACGUUUUUCCUUUUUUUCCUAGUGACUCGAGCAAGUGGUCUUGAGAAAACUGCCCGCAGAGAGUCUCUGUCCUCCGCCAGAGACUCUCUGUUUUCCCUCUCCGCGCCACCUGCAAGUCUACAAUUUCCCCCCCCCCCCCGCUGUUUGUGUGUUUGUUCCACUGGGCAUCUUUCUUUCUGCGUGGCCUUCUGGUGGCGAGCGAAGAGUGUACGGGGGCGCAGGAGGGAGGGGGAGCACGGACGUGUGGGAGGUUCCUCGGUGCCAGGCCAACAAUGUAAUCACCAACGUUCCCGCACGCCACUUGACUCAUAACUGGACGGCGGUGAAAUAAUGUGUAAUAUUU